AUGGCUUCCAUCAUGUCCUCGAAGAUGGCUCUCCGUGCCUUUAAAGCUGCACCCAAGGCCGCCCCUUGGGCCAGUCUUAAUGCCCAGCUGCCGCGCGCCCCUGCCUUCCGCCGCUUUUACGCAGCGUCCACCCAGGAACAGCCGCGCCUGCGUCUAGGCUCGACCGCUCCCAACUUCAAGGCCUUGACAACCAAGGGCGAGAUCGACUUCCACCAGUUUAUCGGCGACAGCUGGACCAUCCUUUUCUCCCACCCGGCCGAUUUCACUCCAGUUUGCACCACCGAGCUUGGUGCCUUUGCGAAGAUGAAGGGCGAGUUUGACAAGCGUGGUGUGAAGAUGAUUGGCCUGAGCGCGAAUGACAUUGGUUCGCACGGCGAAUGGAUCAAGGACAUCAACGAGAUCUCCUCGACCGAUUUGCAGUUCCCCAUCAUCGCCGAUGCCGACCGCAAGGUUGCCUUCUUGUAUGACAUGAUCGACCAGCAGGACCUGGACAACAUUGAUCAGAAGGGCAUUGCCUUCACCAUUCGCUCCGUCUUCAUUAUCGACCCAAGCAAGAAGAUCCGUCUGACCAUGAUGUACCCCGCCUCCACCGGCCGCAACUCUGCCGAGGUGCUGCGUGUCAUCGAUUCUCUCCAGACCGGUGAUAAGAAAGGUGUUACCACCCCGAUCGACUGGCAAGUCGGGGACGAUGUGAUCGUUCCCCCUUCGGUCAGCACCUCGGAUGCGAAGAAGAAGUUUGGCGAGGUUCGCGAGGUCAAGCCCUACCUGCGGUAUACUAAAAUUUGA